AUGGCAAGGAUUAUGGGUGGCUAUGAUCCGUGUCUGGAUGAUUAUUCAAGAAAAUUCUAUAACAGAGCAGAUGUGCAAAAGGCCCUCCAUGUUAGUAAUGGUCCCCAGCUCAAGAACUGGAGCAUCUGCAGUACCAAAAUAUUUCAUGAGUGGGUUGAUUCAAAGCCAUCUGUUCUUCCUAUAUACAAGAAACUCAUUGCAGCAGGAAUGAGAAUAUGGGUGUACAGUGGAGACACGGAUGGAAGAGUUCCUGUGCUGUCCACGAGAUAUAGCAUAAGUGCUCUGGGACUGCCUAUUACAAAAGCAUGGACACCGUGGUACCACCAAAAGCAGGUGAAUGGGUGGUUUCAAGAAUAUAAGGGGCUUACAUUUGCUACAUUCAGAGGAGCCGGAGCUGAAACUCUUGCCUUUUCUCUACUUGAUGAAGCAGCUAAAGUUACGCGGAUUUAUGAUAUUGCAAAUGUUUCGUCCUCCAUGAAUCUUAUUGAAAAGGUCUUUCAACCUGUCUUUUGGUGA